UACCACUCGGAUGCCCGCUCUCCUUCCAUUGCCCGCUCGGCCCACGUCUUCGCUCGACGGUUGCUCCUCCACGCCUCUCCGCCGCCGCCCCGUGCGUCCCUCCUGCGCCUCCCCGUAGCUCCACUCUCUCCGCCGGCCCGCGCGCCCCUCCUCCGCGCACCGGGGCCCCGCGCGCGGUCACCGACGACUCGCCGUCGCACUCAACCUCAGCCCUGCGAUCUCCCUCGCCCGUCCUACGAUCCCCCCGCCCUCGCCGUCGCAUCCUCCUCCGAUCCGUCGGGAGGCGAGGGAGACGGGCACACCUUCAACCUGAGCAAGGAGUUCCUGCAGCCGUCAACAAGCGCCAACAACGUCCACCCGUCCGCCGCCGCCCUCCACGGUGAGGGGUGCCCCUGUUCGCCGCCGCGAGGGGGUCUCCAUCCGCCAGCGCGAGGAAGCAGGUCCCCAGCGGCGCCCGCGGCUUGUAGAGGACGGGCACACCUCUAUCUCGACCAUGGAGGCCCUGCCGACAUCUACCUACACCGAAGGUCACCGCAUUUCACGCCGAGUUUUGCCAGCCGUACUAUAAACCGAACUUGUUCACGGCUGUGGAAUGUGCACGCCCAUGGGAUUUUUUCGUGAUCUGCCACCUUUGCUGCCAUGCCCAAUCAUCUCAUCUCCUAUUUCAUCAACCGGGCUGUUCAACCAGCGUUGGCGGCAAUUCAUCUAGUCGUUGCAAAAUUUGGUACAUCCUCAGCACUUGAGAGAUCAGGAAAGCAAGGGCGUGGCAACAUUCACAAUGCAUUGAAGGUCUUGGAUCUUAUACCAACCAAGCAACAUUAUGGUGAAGACGAAGUUCCAUCCCAUCACCGCCUUAUCAAUAAUUGUAUGUCUGACAUCCUGGGAGUUCGAUCAAAAUGGAAUGUUGUGCAUAAGAGAAAAGAAGACUUUGUUAACUCAAGCUCAAAUCAAUCACGGCCUAAAGGCAGUAAUGUUGUCUCAAGUAGUGUCUCAGUUUGCCCUUCCAUGACUAGACCCACAAAGGACAUGCUUAUGCAGAUAGUGGAGCUGCAUAGGAGAGGGGGCAUCAGUUCAGAUGCAUCUAUUUUGGCAUCUGCGCUGAGUGCCUGUUCUGAUAGGAAAACUCUUACUGGAGGUGCACAGCUUCAGGCUUUACUAGUGAAAGUAGGAUAUGACUCCUCUGUCCUUGUUGGCAGCUCACUGGUCAGCUUUUAUUCAAGAUGUGGCCAGUUGGAAAAUGCUCACCGGGUUUUCCAGGGCAUGGCAGCAAAAAAUACUGUGUCAUGGACAGCACUUAUUUCUGGUUAUGCCCAGGAUAAUCAGGUGGAGCCAUGUCUCCAUUUAUUUGCACUGAUGAGGCAGUCAGUGUGCAAGCCAAAUGACGUCACAUUUGUAACUAUAUUCAGAGUGUGCACUAACCAUGCAUUUCUUGGACUAGGUAAAAGUGUUCAAGGCCUACAAAUGAAAAUGGGUUUCGACUCUUAUGUGCAUGUGUCCAAUGCAUUGAUAUCAAUGUAUGCGAAGUGUGGGAGUAUUGUUGAAGCUCGAGCCAUAUUUGAGAGCAUUGCCUGCAAAGAUGUUGUCUCUUGGAACUCCAUGAUUUUUGGAUAUUCACAGCAUGGCCUUGCUGAGCAUUGCCUAGACUUGCUGAAAGAAAUGGAAGGGCACAUAAUGCUGGAUGCGAUAUCCUUCCUAGGUGUGCUUUCGUCAUGCCGGCAUGCAUGCCUUGUAACGGAAGGCCGACGCUGCUUCAGGGCAAUGAUUGAACAUGGAAUAAAACCAGAGCUGGAUCAUUACUCAUGUAUGGUUGAUCUCCUUGGCCGUGCAGGGCUGCUGGAUGAAGCUUGGGAUCUGAUCCAGACGAUGUCCAUGCCUCCAAAUGGUGUCAUAUGGGGCUCCCUGCUAGCUUCUUGUAGGCUGCACGGAAGCGUUUUGAUUGGCAUACAGGCUGCAGAGCACCGUCUCAAGCUUGAACCAGGUUGUGCUGCAACUCAUGUGCAGCUAGCGAAUUUGUAUGCAAGCAUUGGCUGCUGGAGUGAUGUGGCAAGAGUGAGGAAGGUGAUGAAGGAGAGAGGGCUGAAGACGAACAUUGGGUGCAGUUGGAUAGAAGUUGGCAAUAAAGUUUAUACUUUUACAGCAGAAAACAGAUCAAAGAGCCAGGUCAACGAUGUUCUGGCCAUACUUGAUUGCUUGCAGUCCCAUAUGGAUCACAAGUAUGAUACAUUGAUUGAUGGGCUGGAUUGGGAUGAUCCUGAGCAUAUCAUGCUAAGCUUGAACACUAUAUAAAUUCAAAAGAUCAUGGCUUUGCCAUGUUCAACUGCAUAUGAAGCGGAGGCACUCUAUAGGAAAUGUCAAGUGCCACUCACACAACUGUCUGGUCAAAGAUCCUUGUUGUAACAUAACAUUUUACUCUGUUCCAUCCUGUAACCAUGCAAAGCUGCAGUACCAAAUUUACACUCAACUUCACAUGCAGGAAAUCCAAACUUGUAACUUACCAGCUCAUGGUGGUACGGAGACUUCUGAAAAGGAUGUCAUGGUGAUCUGCAACCAGUGUUGAAGCCUUGACACAUAAAACUGAGGAAAUAUAAUGCUUUUGGACCUUCUCGAGACUCGUCAUGUUGCCAAAGAACUCGGACAGGGGGAAGUUAUGAUUACUGUCCUAGAAGGAUGGCUCUAUAGACGUUAUGAUUGCUGUCCUGUUAUGAUUCUGCACUUGAAAGGGUGGAAUGAUCAUUGCUGUGAGUUGGAAGUUUUGAAUAUGAAGAAUUAUGCAGGACUUCUGUUCAGAUUUCUAAUGACUGAGGAUUAAAUGUUCUGGCCCAAAUAGAAUAUUGUGAGGCUCACAAAAAUAGAAUAUUCUGGCUCAAGUUAAGUUGCAUGGUAUGACACCAUAUGUAUGGCAUGUACAAAUUCAGGUUUGUGAGGCAGAAUGCAGAAUCAAUAAAAUCCUUCUGUAUGCAUUAGAUCCCACACAUUUAUUCCCGAUAUGAUGUUGAUGCAUGGGAGCAAGACAACAGGCGCUGUCAUGACAUUUAUUUAUUGAUUGAUGCUUAUUUUGCAUUCUGCAA